CGUAUACCAACUCUUCGUCCCAUUCUUCCUAUGCGUUAUUUACUUGUGUGCGGAUAGGCGCUGGUCCGUCCCGUCAUCGGCGCCCAUGCCGAGCUCUAUGAGCAAGCGCGAAGAACGGCGGUACGAGCUGCAAACGCGCCGAUGGAUAGCGAUUCCGGACAAUACCUAUCCUUACGAAUACGUUCCGUUUCCGCAAUCACACCAGGACUUAGAACCCGUAAUACAAGCCGAGAAGUUCCUCCCAUGGCCGACUGAACCAGCACAUGAUCCUUGCCGGGCUUGGCAUCCUGAAGACGUUUGGGAGAUUGGGGCUCUGCGGAAAGCUAUCUUCAACGAGCUACAAUCAGUGUCGGAAACAAACCAUCGGACGGAGGAUUGCCUAACUCACAUCCUACAUUGCUGGAACGCGAAUCUGAAGAGAUAUGAUUCCACCGGCCCCUCGUUUCUGAUACACUUUCUCAAGCUGCGGUACGAAACGGGGCUCAACUUCUGGUGCUUAGCGCGCGACGAUGCGCGGCAGGUCGAUGUGCUAGCGAAGGCUUGCGAGAGAACGCAUGUCUUCAGCCUAUUUCUGGCUCGGUUUCACCGCACUGCGCACGGCUCGUACGGAAUGCUUUCGACAGCGUCUGGACAUGAUCAUUGUAUGAUGCGCGUUGAUGGGACGGCGUGCUGGUUGGAAGACACCAUGCAUGCUGGGGGAAAGGAAGUCAGGAUUCGACCAUCGGUAACGGAACUUGAUCUGCUAGAUGAGUACUACUUCGAGGAUGAAGAGGCCGAUACGCUCGAUGCCGCAAAUGGCCGCGGCUCAGAAUUUUGGGAAAGAGCGGUUGCGAUCAUUGCCCCUAAUCUCUUCACCGACGAAUUCUUCGGUUACGAGGACGUGCCGGUCGACGAAGAGGAUGAAGCUUCUGUAGAUUGGGCGUCUGAUGCAGAGGCCGACGAAGACAUCGAGCCUGUGGACAAAGAAGAGCGAAUGGAGAGAUUUCAUGAAAGUGAAAGAGAGGAGACGUCGCACGGAUUCGAGGAACAAUUGCAGGGCGAUUAGUUCUACAAAGCACUACAGGAACUGGAAGAAGCCCGGCUUCCAUGGAGAAUCUGAGAAGCCGAGACCUGGAGGCGCGACACAUGCAUCAAAAGGCAGAUGAACACCUAAGUGACGGUCUAUAGAAGGCUAAAUAAUCACUCAUGUAGUUUUUGGCCCAAUAGUCCACCUCUUGCUCCCGUCUUCAAGCGACAAUUUCCGCCCCAAACCUAGCCGUACCGCAUUCUCCAGUGCCUCUCUCACCUCUUCAUCUUCAAGUACCGCAGCUGCAAGCCUCAGCC